AACGCACUUAAAAUAUCCAUAAUCGAUAGUGUUUACGUUUAUAAUCAUUAUUUAAUUUGUUUAUUGUAAUACUUGCCUUUAAAUCGAAAUGUCAAUGUGUACUGUUGACGUCAGGAGUUGAAAGUUCACACGAUGACGGCAAAGAUGGCGGCCUCCAUAGUGGAGCAUGGAGAAGAUGCUUUUAGGAAAUUAUUCAAGUUUUAUAAGAGGAGAAGUCCUCCUCCAGACUUCAGUGAAGUCAUUAAUUUCUCCAAACCACUAAACAGUGACAAGGUGUUUGCUUGUGAACUUAACUCCAGCCCUAUAAGUGAUGAAGAAGUUUCCAAAGUGGGUCUUCAACCAGUUAAAGACUGGAGAGCCUUUGGUCUGCAUGGAUAUCCAGGGUUUAUCUUUAUAUCCAACCCGUUCCUGCCUGGUUCUCAGCAGUACUGGACAAAGCAAUGUCUGAAGAACUAUCCACAGAAACCAAAUGUGUGUAAUCUAGAUAUGCAUAUGUCAAGUGCAGAGACCGAGAACAUUUGGGAGAAAAGCAUAGAUGACAUUCAAAGAAAGGGCUCUGGGAAAAGAGAGCCCAAGACUCUUCUAGAAAAGCUACGCUGGGUGACUCUUGGUUACCACUAUGAUUGGAACUCCAAGACUUACUCUCCAGACCACUACACUCCCUUCCCCUCUGAACUUCACUCGCUGUCCCACAAAGUAGCAGCGGCCUGUGGCUUUCCUGGCUUUAAUGCAGAGGCGGGCAUUCUCAACUAUUACCGAUCUGAUUCGUCGCUUGGAAUCCAUGUUGAUGAAUCAGAGCUUGACCACACCCAACCAUUGCUCUCUUUCAGUUUUGGACAGACUGCCGUCUACCUGUUGGGCGGAGCUAAGAGGGAAGAUCCCCCCACUGCCAUGUUCAUGCAAAGUGGUGACAUAAUGGUGAUGUCAGGACCCAGUCGCCUGCUUUAUCACGCAGUACCCUGCAUUGUUCCCGCCCCUGCUGAAAACAUGCUGCCAGCCUGCCUAAAUGAAAGACUAAAGGGGGAGGCGCAGAAUGAUGACAUCAUUCAGAGUGUAUCAGAGGACGAUUGGAAGGUUUGCUCCUGGUACUUACAGACGUCUCGUGUGAAUGUGACCGUUAGACAGGUACUGGCUUCCGGUCAGACGUUCCCCAGAAUUGAGUCACUUUGCGGGACAGAAUACACAUCUAAAGAUAACAGUCAAAAAUCAGAGGAAGAGGAUGAAACUGGAACAAAUAAGAAGAGGAAAACUGAAUCAGGCUAUGAGCGAGAUUCCUAACAUGCCUGUUUAGAUGUUUUAUGCUUAUUGAAUUAUAGUUUUUGUUUUAUUUAUGUAAAAUGCAUCUGAUAUUAAACUUUAACUUGAAAAUUAUGAAACA